AUGCGCAUCCGUGAAAACCUGCAGCAGUACAUCGCCGCCUAUACAAUACCAUCACAUCUCUCCUCACCAGUACCUACAGCACGCAAGACCAGACCCAACAUCACAAAACGCAAGCACGUAAUUGGCACCUCUCAUGUUGGUGGAGUGUGUCCCUCGACUCCUCCUUCAUGUGACCCCUCUGCUGCAUGUGUGGUUCGAGCCUGAGCCUAUCAUGGUGCGCUAACCGUCGCGGGUUGGAAGGAUUUCGGCUGAAGGGAUAAUUCAGACCUCGCAGUCAGCCCGCUAUGAGAGUCAGGCUGCAAUGGCUCCUUCCUACCGUGACCCCUGACCCUCUCGCACGCGAGGUCAGUGUUGCCAGCCCCGUGCUUAUGUUUUGGGGGUCAGGUCGUGUGUGUGUGUGUGUGUGACACACAAAGAUGAGGUCACUAGUUAUGUAAGCCACUUGGCCCAUUCCCCACAUCGGACAACUGACCGGCUCGGACAGUGGCUGGGACCUGAAAAUGAAAAUAAAGAGCUAGGCCGGCGACUCAGCAGCGCGCCUGAAGUUAUCACGGAGCUCGAAAAGCUGUGGCUUGAAUGACUGCAAACCGGUAGGAUAACUAGGACCUCGCAGCCAGCGCAAUGUUGUGUGUUUGUGUAGAGCGACCGACUGGUGUUCUGAGAGUCAGGCUGCAAUUCCUCCUUCUUAAUGGCACUCACAGUUCGUGGGAUCCGGGUCGCUUCCUUCUCUUUUUGUUAAAAGCCUAGUCAGUGUGUUUUGUGGGUCAAAAGGCCUGAAAGCGUGUGCUAGGCCAGUAUCAGCAAACCGUCGCCCUCGCAGCCUGGUAUGCGCUGGCAGUUCUAUGGUGAGGUACCGGACUAACUUACCUUUGACAAUUUAGUCCCAUUUUCUUUGACUGGACUGCUUCUUUGAAUGUGACGAAAAAACAACCUACCUGUACAACCCGCCUGGCUAGCGUGCUCCGCUGUCAUGUUCUAUUGCCAGUUUCUUAACGUUCAUAAUCUCUAUAUUAUUCACUGCUCAGUUUUACGUGCUGCUUUUAAGGCAAGGGGCUCAUGAGAUAUAACUCGUUAGUUCGUGAGAACAUUACCAUCUACGACAGUUCCCUGACACCUGGUUCCCCGCCGGUAGAUGCGCUUGCGCUCCCGCCGGACAAACAGGUAGUGGGCAUGGCUGCCCAGUCAUCAUCCUCGUCCUUCUGACCCCUAUUAGAGUAUUGUUGUUUUUGUUGGUGAAAGAAAUCCUGGUCAAGUGUACCUCGUGGACCACGGGGUGUGAAUUGGAACGCCAAGGUGCGGGUUCAACCGCGCCAUCCGCCUGUGCCCUCCUCUGCCUCCUGUCUGCUUGACUCUGUCUUGACACCGGGUCCAGGUAGGGGCGGAGGAGAGAUUGCGGUAGAUGUUGCGCAAAUCUACUAUCACCAUAAACCAAUUCACGCGCAAGUCACCGUCUCUGCUUCAUCUUGGUGUGUCGGCAACGAAGGUGUAACUGUCGUGUUGUGAACUAGAAGGUAUAUUGGUACGCCAGGUGGGGCCUUUCGCCCUCCUCCGUUUCCGGUUUUCCUGAAUCUGUCUUGACACCGGGUCUAGCUGGAGGAGGUGGACAGAGUGUGGUAGAUGCUGCGCAAACCAUCUAUCACUAUAAACUAAUUCCCGCGCAAGUCACCGCCCCUGUUCUCACCCUACUGUCGAGCACACGAUGGACAUAGUCGAAAACGACGGUCGAACUUUCGCGUGCGACACGCCUUCGACGGAUGCGGAAGCCACGCCAGCCAGUGUGUCCAAUCUCACAUCCAGUUGACGGACAGACUCGGAUGGCCCAGUAGUGAAAGUGAGAGGGAAAGGAACACAUAAAAAAUCAGCAAAUAUCUUACUAAUGCUAAAUCGGACGCGCUCUAAAAUACCCCUCCUAGUGUAACCAGGCCCAGACAGACGUCAUGAAUGACGCAAACCAGCAACAUGAUUGAUGUUCGGCAAGGGGAUGGGGGACGAUGCAAGCAAUGGACACCAGACAAAUCUGAGUGGCUGGCUCCUGCGCCUAACCCAUCGGUCGGCUUGUUCCUCCCUGAGAACGGACUCGAGAAGGAAGAUGGAGGUGCGGCACACUAAACUUCUGUACACGCGGCCUGGCAGCUACCAUUUCCCUUGUCGUGUAAAUAUGCUCCGGCGGGAAGAGUUCAACAUCGCGAUGACUCUUGAAGGUGUCUUGCAUCUCUUAUUUCUCAAACAAAAGCGGAUGUGCCUGGAAGAGUCACUCAAGCUUUGCUUCGAGGCUAAAAGUUUUUUGGUUAAACAAUAGUUGCUAUAAUGGAUUAACAGUAAAGAUGAAAGCAUUCGAAUUGGUUAUUCACAGAAAACGUGUCUACCAUUUCGAUACUUUAGUGUUAAAUGAUGAAGAUAUUUACACUGGUAUGAGCACUGAAAGAUAACGCAUGACCGUCUGUGAAUGAUGCAAAGAUGUCGUACUUUGUGCACUGCCACAUGCAGCACUACCCCGCCAGUAGUGGAAUAACAACUAACUACAGAAGCCUGGUUAGUGCCAAAGGAAGUAAGGGUUACAACAUAGCAACUAACAGAAACAGUCCAACUAAAUGCGUAGCCUCGAUCGCAAUCCAAUUCAGUGUUAACGCCGGCAGCCCGGCCAGAAUUUGCGUUAAGACUGUUAGGCGUAAGCAAAAUAGUAGUUCGGGCAUUUAAUGUGACAAAAACCGUCAGUAAGAGCAAUGUUGGCACAUCAGCUCAUACUAAUUUAGCAUUAUUAAUGUUAAUACUGUUAUGGGUUCUAAUUUUCCAACAGCCUCAUUUUUCCAAAGAUUUAGCCCCCAUUAACUGAGUCGUAAUCAUGCCCACUAGGUAAGCUUAAUCUGGUAGUACGCCUUGUGUCGACUUUUAUGUCCUUGUCUGUUGAUUCGCUCAUCUCAUAUUCUUCUUUUUACCGGCAGAGACUAAAUUAUUUGAAGUCGGAGGGUCUUCUGGAAGCAGAACCCUAUCACCUGGAGCCGGACCUGCAGGUAAGUCGGCCCCUUGUCCAAGGUCAAAGUUCAAGACAUAUAGUUUCCGGCAAAACUUGGGGAUGCUGGUUGCUCCAGUGACCGACAGCCAGUUCACAUGAGAUCACCAAGAUGGUUCAGGCUGCAAUGGCUUCUGCUUACUGCUGCCUUCAUGGCAUUCUCGCUGUUGUGAGAUAUGAACUACCCACAGCCAAGUCUGAUACGUGUAGUGGUGGCAGGCUUCGUCCGAGUCCAUCUCCGGUUGUCUUUACAUGGUUUUGCCAUCGGAGUAAGGUGGGUGAUGGGCGAGAGAAUGUGGGAGAUGCAGCGCAAGUCGAUCUCAUCAUAGACUAACUCGAGCUCAAGUCACCGUUGUUGUACAUAAUUCAAAAAGCACACAACGAACGUCGUUGCUCGCUACAGCGGCAGUCAUGAGCGGCUUUCGUCCCACCAUGGAGCUCAGAGCCUGUCUUCAAGGUGUGGGCAGUGACUCAAAACAGGCGGUUUCUCCUGUUGGUGGGUAUGAUAUAACAGGGUAGAUGAAUACAAGGUAUUUUUUAUACGAAUGACCUUGCUUUUUCUGUCUUUUCUUAAAAUUCUGGCUAGAUGAAGAUUCGCAAAUGAGCUAGCGCCAAUCAACAGUCAGGUGACGUUUUCUAAAACCUUAUCCGAACAAUUUCAAACUGUUGAUACUAGUGCGAAAAUGUUACGCCUCCAACCCCAACUAAUUAUUCACCCAGCCCCCGGAUUUUGUCGGCGCAGUGGUUUAGAAUGCACACACAUCCCAGCAUUUUGUCGUCACAAGUCUAAACAACCUAAUGUACUGUUGUACAUUGAGGGCAUUUGAGUGUCAACUGACCGCCACGCACCUAGGUGCUGCUAGCACAGGAUGGCGCCUUUAAAUCACGUGCUCCAAUCGAGACAAGCGUGCACGCAUGUUUUUGGGUCACCGGAUUGAGCGUUAGCUUAUAGUUUCGGCUGAUCUCUACGCUUAGAAGAGCCAGUACUCCCAAGACAUCGGAGUUGCUCCCUUGCGUUUCAUAUGGGUCGGCGAGAAUCCCAAAUCAAUGCCCACCAAUAAAAUCUCAGGCUGCCUCGGCUUGAUUGGCUGGCAAAGUCAAGGAGCCCAGAAACGACCUUACUUGCCCUGUUUGUCUUUGUGAGCAGUACCUCACAAUUUCCGAGUUCUCUAAAUGACUUCUGUUUAUCUCCAAAGGGAGUGGAUACAACGGGUCAGAAACCUAAAGUAGGCAGGCUGGACAUGCACGAGUUUGAAGUGUGUGUUCAGUUCUGGAAGUCGCUACUCAGGCGGCAACAGUGUUUUGGCGCCAAUCGCGGCAACAAGCGAUUGGCUCCGACUUCCGUAGCCAAUCAGAGCGUCCAGCCGGCCACCAGGAUGGAAGAGCCGACGGCCCUCAAAGUCAUCGCGCUGGACGACCAAGAGAAGGUUAUGCGUUGCCAACUGGAGGAGAUCCGCGAGGGAAUCGAGGAACUGUUGAGGCAGCGGAGGCGAUCGCGAAGGAGGCAGAUCAAGCAGUGA